AUGGGCGGCGGCCCGCCCUACUGCAAGCUGCGCCGCCUCCCCCGACAUCGUCUGAAGCGCCCCUCCCCGCCCCGACCCGCCGCACCACCCGCCAGCCUGCCCACACCACGCCUUCCCAGAGCCCGCCCGUACGCUCCCGACUUCAUCCGAGCCUGCGUGACUGCUCCCGACUUCAUCCGAGCCUGCGUGACCACUCCCGACUUUAUCCGAGCCUGCGUGACCGCUCCCGACUUCAUUCAAACUUGACGGCCGAUCUCGACUUCAUCCGAGCCUGCGUGACCGCUCCCGACUUCAUCGGAGCCUGCGUGACCUCUCCCGACUUCACUCAAACAUCCCCGACCCAUUCCCACUUCAUCCGAUCC